GCCGGCGAAGCGAGGGGUGGGCCGGGCGGAACUCCUGGCUGCGAAAGCUGCGGCGGGCGGCGGGCUUCCAGGGUUCCGGGCGAAAGAAGGGGAAGAUGGAAGGGUGGGCAGGACAGAGGGGCGCUUCCCUUCAGAAGCUUGAUCUGUGUCGGAUUCGCAAAUUAUAAUACUUAUAUUUGUAGACGUGCCCUCACUGUUUUCUACAAAUUAAACUGAUGUCAUAGUUAAGGUUGCUAAAGGGGGAUCGUUCCCUUUGGGGCAUGUAGAAGAGCUGGGCUUGGAACCCAGCCCAAGGGUACACUGCAGCCCAGGGGGAGGCCACGCCAUACACCUGGGAUGGUGGAGACCAAGGACUUGGUGCAGCUCCGGCAGCUCAACUUGGCGCUCCUGAAGCAGCUGUGGGCCGGGCAGGAUGCCGUGCGGCGGUCAGUGGCCAAGGCGGCCUCAAAGUCAGCCCAGGACUCCACCAGCAGCUAUGACUCCCAGACACCAUCGUCCCAGGAGACGUCUUUAAUGGCCUUCAGAGCCUCCAGCCUACAGGACACCCAAGAGAGUGAUCCCUGUGAUACGUCCUGGUCUGAUGGGACCAACUCUGGAGUGAUCUCUCUGCCAUCUGCCAAGUACGGACACCAGGCAUCCCUGGGCUCUCUGAGGCCCUACUCGGCACCCUUGAUGGCCAUCUCAAACUCAGAUGACCCAGAGGUUUCAGCAGAGCUGGACAGUCCCGGGCCUCAGGAGUCCCAGGCCCAGAGCUCCACCCUGGAUCAGCAAAGCAGGCUGUCCAAGUCAAGAGUGACCUUCAGUGAGGAGGCUGCAUUGCCUGACAAGAGCUGGCGCCUCAGGCCGUACUUAGGCUACGACUGGAUUGCAGGGUCUCUGGACAACACUUCACCCAUCACCAGCAAGCCCGAGGCCUUCUUCUCGAAGCUACAGGAUUUCCGGGAAGCCAACAAGGAGUUGUGCAUUAACAGUGACCCCGACCCCCAGUUCCUCGGCCCGCGGGAGAGCAGCGGCGUGGAGGAGGACCAUGAAUGCGUGUACUGCUAUCGCGUCAACCGGCGGCUGUUUCUGGUGCCUUCCGAUCCCGGCACACCCUGCCGCCUGUGCCGGACCCCUCGGGACCAGAAGCGUCCUGAGACUCUGGCGGCGCCGGCGCAGGUCAGGGUGAGCAUCCCGCUGUCCAUCCUGGACCCCCCGCACCGGUACCGCAUCCACCGGCGGAAGAGCUUUGAUGCCUCCGACACGCUGGCCCUGCCCCGGCACUGCCUGCUGGGCUGGGACAUUGUCCCUCCGAAGUCUGAGAAGAGCUCAGCCCCCAAGAGCCUGGACCUCUGGUCCUGUGUCUUCUCCGAGGCCCAGCACCAGAAGCUGACAGCUGCCAGUACUUCCCACCUGGCCCUGCCAGCCAGGGUCCCGCCAUUCACCCCAAUCUGGUCAGAACCCCAGCCGCGUGCCCCCUGGCUGAAGCCCUGAGGACUGGCCACUUGGAGGAGGAGGACAGAGCCCCUACUGUCACCUGGGACCCCUCUCCUCUGCUGGAGCACCCACGACAAGGGAGCCCUGCCUGGCCUCAGCUGGAGGUGGACUUGGGUCCCCCCCUCCUAGCUGCAGGUGGAUGGGCCCAGGCCUUUCUCCUUCCUGGGGACAGAGGUGGGGUCUCUAGGGUUGGGAAGUGAGGGAAGAGGGUUCUGUGGCAUGUUUAUAAAUAAAGCUCAGUACUCUGGGUA